GUAUAUCAAAUGCCUUGGAUAUCAUGAAUCGUUAUCAAAGGUGAGCAAACAAACCUCACCCUUUACCUCAGCUGAGUACAGCGAAGCAACACUCUCCACUCAAGCCGUAAGUUCCCUUUGAAUGUUUUGAGUGUGUAAUACACCGUAGAUAAUAUGAAUUGAUGACGGUCCUAGAGUUCAUUAUCGGGGGUUUUAUUGCCAGGCGCACUGUGUAAAUAUUCGUCCAUGCAAAGUGUAUCUACUUUCUGGUAUCUUCUUUUAAAAUGAAUUUCAUAAAGGCGUUCAGUGUUGCUUGCGCUCUUUCCAGUAAAGUAGAGUAAGCCAAAAAAUUUUGGGACCACAUUUUCUUGUUCGGAUUUCUGAUCACCCAAAGUGCGAUGCGUGCGUUCUCCCAUUUCGUCGUAAUUUAAGGGCCGGUCUUAAAUCAAAAUGUUAAUAGAUUCUAUUUGGAGUUACGUUUCUGUAACUGUUCAGGUUACGAACUUUCAGGUUUACGAAACGUUCAGGUUUCGACUUUCCAUACUUCUUUUAUUCAAAAACUAGAUUUUGAUUUUGAUAAUAAAGACACAAAUGUGGCAUUUUUUACGACUAAAUAAUAAUAAUAAUAAUAAUAAUGUUUAUUUCUUAUAUUGCGCAGUCUAGCAUGCGAUAAAGAUAUGAUCGAGUGCGCAUUACAACACUAAAAUCUUAAAGUAAUAAUGGCUAGUCCAGAUAAUGAUAAUAAUAAUAAUAAUUUACAAUUUUCGGAAAACAAUAAAAGUAAAAUAUGAGUUAAUAAAAGAACUAAUAAAAUGCUAAUUUAAAAAGAUGUGUCUUUAGUAAAACUUUAAAAAUGUUCAAACUAGACUAUCAGACUAUUGCAGCUACUAGACUUCAGACUAUUGCAGCUGCAGCUCAAACUCUACAGAAAUGACAUUUCAAGAGGCCUCUUUUUCCCUUUCAUCGGUAAAGAACAAUUUUAAAGCCUUGAGACCAGAUUAAAAUUAGAUAUAAUUUACAACAAAGAGGUUGAAAUUUUCAUUUCCUCUCUCCUGCUCUCUUUAAAGAUGCUGGGAGAGACGAAAAUAAUCCGAGCACCUUUGCAAAUUCCCGAUUUAUUUUUAUUGGUGUCUAUCAUUCCUCGCAAAGAAAGUAUGUGUUCAUCCCGUUGGACUGUGACCACACUGAGAUAAUGCAGAAAAAACCCUUAAAAUUGAAUAAAUCGGCAUUUUCCCAAUCACAUGUGAACUCUAGUUUGUCCAAUAUUAGUUACAGUUUCUUUUGAAAAUGGCAUAAAAUGGCCAAACUUAGCUUGAUAUACAUAAAAUCAUGACAGAGAAAGUGUUUUAAUCUGUCUUCGCAGCUUCUAUUAGCUGCGAUUUUAAAAAGGAAAAAUUUAAUAUGCCAAAUAUUCCUUGUUAGCUAUUACUAACUGCAAUUAAAAAAAACAAAUGUAAACAAGCAAUUUCAGAGCAGAAAGCCCAUGAUAGUGCAUACACUUCGGCUCUGUGUUUGCUUACUUUGGAAAACGUGAUCGAAUGAACAAAAUGAACAAGUAAAGUAUAAAAAGCUGCUGUUAGUGUGUUCAAUGUGCUAAGCAGAAAAGAAGUUCCUUUGUUUAACUUAUCACACACAGAGCAGGUCAGAUCAUACAUUCUCAAUGGGCUGUUGAUUGAGUACCUGCCUUAUGUCAAAAUAACUUUUAUACUUAAUGCAGUUUUCAUUCUUCAUUUUGCAGUUACUUUCAACCACACGACAUGGCUAACAUUAGAGUUUUGGCGAUUUUUCUGCUGAUCGCUUUAAGCACGGCCGAGAGAAUGGUGAGUUUUAUCAAAUUUAACUCUGUAUAACUUAGCUAACACUACGAAUUAUUCUACUGCAUGAUCAUUUUAAACUUUCAUAAAUGCACAAUAUUUUCCCUUCGAUUUGAGACUGAAGUUUUUCUGGGUAACACCCUUUUUCAAGAAAGACAAGGUUAGAGGACAUUCACAUAUUGUGAAAUUUCUGAGUGUAACAAUCUCUCUUUCAAUUCCUCUUACAACGACGUUGAUUCUUUCGAACAAAUUACACCUCAUUACGCCUACAGAGCCAGAGAGAGCAUAAAAUACAGAUAACAACUUACAAUAAGAGCAGUAUGGUGAAAAUUUAGGGAAUGAACAUCAGCUACACGAUACUUCUAGGAAACUCUUUGACAUAAUUUUGAUUUUUUUUCUUUUCAGAAUGAAAGAAUGAUCAGUUUUAAAAUGCUUUAAAAAAAUCUCUGACUGAGAAAUGAAAGUAGAUUAAAAAACUGAAUUAUAGAAACCAUAAACGAGCAUUUUCAUUUCGCACAACAAAAGUGUACACAAAUUGAAAAAACAAAUUAAAAGUAAGUAUAUGACUCAAUAAGCUGUGCAAUAAAAGUAACAAGGAAAUUGAAAAUAGUGACAUUAUUUAAUUGAAAGUAUGAAGCGCAAUUUCGAUCCUCGUAGCCUGUACAAAUCAUUUUGUUGCCCCACAUUUCUAAUUCAUGUUUUUGUGAUUCAAUUUUGUUAGGUCCCCAAAGUAGGCUUUGCAAAAUGGAAAGCGCUGAGGGAAUUAAAGAGAAACACAGGUAAUACAAAACAUACUCAGCCCUCCUGUUUGAUUGGGCAUAUCAUGUCUCUGCAGCAGAAAUCGUUAAAUGCGUUCAUUUUGGUUGCUGCUGUAAAGGAGCAGUAGACGGAAAAGUUGUCAGUCGUUUAUAAACACGUGAGAUUGGAGAGAGACGAUAAGUUUACGAGUAAAAAGUCACGUUUGAAACUUCAAAAAUGGGCGGGGAGAAGAGAUAAGUAGGAAAGAAUAGAGGAAGAAAUUCCUAAAUAAAAAUUGACAGUAGGGAAAUACGUGUUUCUUCCUACUGAUAUCCAUGUAAGCGAAUAUACUCGAGGUACUCUGCGAAAGGUAUCCUUGUAUAGCUAAGGUUAUGCCAAUACAAUAUCUCUUAUAGUUUUUACUGCACUCACCAGUUAGCAUAUACCUGUUAUAUGGUGUCACUUACAUUGAUAAAGUAGAGAUUAUGUUAAACAUACGUGAGAAAUGUAUAUAGCUGAUGACUUUCAGUUUCUAGACAUUUCCAACUUGCCCUUCCUCAUUGGAAAGUCGAGUUUGUAGAAUCAAUCACUAUAAAAAACGAAAAAAAAUGAAUAAUUUUCAAGUUGAUUUUUAGAGCUACACUGGCUUUUGGACAUGCACUCUGUGAAUGAUCCGAUAAAAAAACAAACAAUCAAAAAAACUCACACCUCGCUAUGGACCAAUUAUUACUUUGCGCCUGGAAGGAGGGAAGGGGGAGCGGAGGGUCUGAGGGGGAUCACAUGGUUUUACAGGGGGGAGGGAGGAUCAGCUUUCCUUAACAGAGCCUAAAGUGGAGACUAUAGAAAAUUGAAUGCCUGUGAGGGGGUCAUUGGAAUACAACAGAGCUUAAGAGGAGGAAUCCUCCCCACACCACCCCUCCUAGGCGUCCCCCCAACCCUCCUCCUAGGCGAUAACUAAUGUUCCUAAUCAAGUAGUUAUUUGCAAAUCUAAACGAGCUGGAGCCUGGUUACAAAGAUUAAGAAAGAAAAAAUGUUUGGAAUCAACAGUUCUCAAUGCACCACCCUUAUGCAACAAAGCCAUUGACAUUGGAAUCACGAUGGAGAGAAGGACAGAAGAUGAGUGGGGAUUGGAAAAGAAGUUUGCAGAGGCACUCAUCAAUAAGUUCCCUGUCAAUCACGAUAUGACCCACAUUGGUGUCAUUGGGUUCGAUCAGCGUACUCAGUUACUUUUCGAUUUCAACAAACUGUUGUUAAGUGCCACAUACAAGGAAGACAUGUUAAAACUGAUCGAGUCCUGGGGCCCUGGUAAUUCGAAUGAUACGACUCGUGACAAAGUCAUAGAUCGAGCGCUGGAACUUGCGGGUGAAAAAUUGUUUACUGAAGUUGGUGGAGCCAGAGGAUACGAUCAGGUUUGGCUAUAAAUUUGGGUUGCUUUUGGAAAAUCUUUCAUUGAGCUCUGUCAUAAGGAAUUUUUUAUAAUCGGCGCCGGGGUCAGUGUAAAUCCUCAAGCUCGUAUUCAGAGCACUUCACCAUUUCAGUGUUAGAAAGCAGCCUGGGAAUGAAGCUGGUAUGGAUUUAAUCCAUCCUCAUUUAUCACUGAUCUUGUUUGGUUUACUCUUAUACAAAGUGAUCAGGAACCAGUCGCUAUUUAUUUAUGGCCGGGGGGGGGGAGAGGGUGGGAGGAUUUCGGAGGGAUCACAUGGUACUCAGGGGAAAUGGAAGGGGAAUCAGUCGUCGCCAAAUGAUUAUAGAGAGAGGCUAUAGAAAAUUGAUUGCAAAUUACCUGCUAAUGAGAAGGGCUCAUAAAAUAUUACAGAGACUUAUGAGAAUCAGAUAACCUUUAUCGUUACACAACCAUAACCCCCCCUCCCCCCUCCUCCGUCAGGCGAUAAGUAUCGAAUAGUCUCUUAAUUCAUCCAUUUAUUCGUCAUUCACUAGUUCGUUCAUUCAUUUACUCAUUCAUUUAUCUAAAUACAUAGCAGGGCUCAUUUCAUUUUUAUUUUUGCUUCCCAGGUUCUUGUGCUUUUGACAGACGGCAAGCAAGUGAGUCAAAGUGUUCCAUCUCCUGAUACUCCCGCAGCGCCAGUCGCCCGUAGACUUGAACUGCAAGGAGUACAAAUUAUUGUGGUUGGUAUCGGCUUUCCAGAUCCUAUAGAGCUUUUGGAAAUUGCUGGUGCUGGUGUGGAUAAUAUGGAAAAGUACAACAACAUAUUUUACCUGAGGGAUGAAAGCAUUCUUCAGUCCGAGGUAGAGAAAGUGGCAAAACGCAUAUGUGAGAUGACCGCAUCAGACAUACAUUCAGUUUAAACCAUUUACUGUUAACAGUCUUGUAGCAGUGACAUGUUUCUUGAUUUAGUCGCUGAAGAAUCAAAACUAAUUUUGCAGCUAGUCAGCGAUACGUAGAACUGAAGAUUUCUUUUAGUUUUGAAAAGUUUGCUUUGAUGUUCUCGUUAUUUUUAAUCAAAUAGCUCUCUGAUAUUCUCAUCGCGUAAAGGUCGUAUCAAUCACAUUUAUGUUGUAAGAAAAAAAGUUCACUGCAGACAAUUAAACAGACGCCCUAUCUUGUAUUAACAGUUUAACUUCAUAAAAUUGGCAAAUAAAUUGUUUUGUUGCCUGAAUAAACUUACUAGCGUUUACUAAAUUUACCUUCGUAGACUUAAACAGCGCUUCAGGAAUGCAUGCAAAACUAAACAUCA